AUGGCUUCGUCGUCUUUGAGGAAGGAAAUUUUGGAAGCGAAAAAGCACCUCGUCGAUUUGCAGGAAGAUGUCGAAGAAUUCGAAAAGCGGCUCCGUCGAGGGAUUGAACUGACGAAGAAAUCAAUUGAACAAUUAUCAAUCAAUUGCGAAGAAAAUUGCUGCAAAGUCUGGCAGGAAUUCGAUGAAUUUCUGAAAAAGAUCAGAAUGAAGGCCGCAGAGUUGUGCAACCAAAUGAGAGAAAAGACGAGCGAAGAAGAAAGGAAAUGGUGCCAAUUCCUCAAAGAGAAAGAAAAUCUCUUGGAGGAGGCAGGGAAAUGGCUCCUGGAUUUGCGCCAUUUGUUUGCCGCCAGCAUCGACGAUGAGGAUGUUGUUUCUGGUGUACAGUCACUGAGAGCGGAACUUUCAGGGCGGCUCCAUGUGGAAGAAGGUCAUUUUGUGGUGACCUUUCCAGAAUGGUGCCAACAAUCAUUGACCCAACUUCAAGAAGAAAUCGUCGACUUUAAGACGGCAAAGACAAUAGAAUUGGAACUUGAAAGCGAAUUCCGCCUGCAGGAUUCGAACCUGGGGUUGAUUCAUUCGAUUGCCGUCAGCGACGAAGAUGGUCACGUGUUUGUUGUUGAUGGAUGCGACUAUUCGAUCAAGGAAUUCGACGAGACUGGGGAAAUCGUCGCCCGAUGUCCCUUGAUGGACGAAGGAUUCUUUCCCUUCAACAUUUGUUGUCUUUCCCAUGACAAUUUCGUUGUUAGUGGGGUCGGGGUCAGGGUGGUGGAUGGAGAACUUUGGUUUUUGGCGUGA